AUGGAAAUAUACAAUACAACUAGUUUUAGAUUUCCACCAAAUAUUGUCUCGUGGCUUCUAUGCUUCUAUCUGAAAGAAAGAAAAUCUCAUUGUAGAGAAGAACAGAAGUCAUGGUCCAUAGUCACACCCGCUCCUCAUUUUGAUGGCCAUCAAUGGAGGAAAUAUGGUGAGAAGCAUAUUAGCAAUAGUGAAUUUCCAAGGAACUAUUACAGAUGCAGCCAUUUUAAAGAGCAAGGAUGCCAUGCAACAAAGACAAUUCAGCAAAAAGAAGGCAAUGAUGAGCCGCCCAAGUAUAUUGUAACUUACAAAAUGCAUCAUACUUGCAAGUCAAUGGUGCCCAUUUACUCUCUUUUUCUUGAAUCUACAACACAGAGUGCCCCAAUUAUUAGCUUUGCGCCAGGCAAUACUCCACAUAAUAAGCAAACUGAGACUUACAAAGAUGAAAAUGAUUUCAAAAAGCAUGAUCAGAUUAUAAGUUCAUCCAAUGUUCCUAUGUUGAUUGACUUGAACUUGACCAUUGAAAGCAAAUAAUAAUGUAAGUCUCCUAAGGGAUCUAUUUCUGUAAGCCCUUUCCAGCUUUGUUGUUGACAUGAUAUCUAUUUAUUUAUUUAUUUAUUUAUUUUUGGUGUUUUUUUAACUUGAUAGUAUGUACAUUUAUGGAGAAUUUCUAAAGUGAGUUAUAAUAAUUUGGC